UUAUAAAACUGUUAUCGUAUUUAUUUAAAGGACCUUUUUGUGGAGUUUUGGGAGAAAAAUUCAGUCCUGAGAACAUAACAUUAUAUGGGACAAUCAUUGCUGCUAUUGGAUUUGGAGCAUGUUUCUUUGCACACAAUAUUAUCACUUUGUCCAUAUAUUUAGGAUUAAUAUUUGGUAUAGGUAUGACAGGAAGUAAUACAUUUCUUCCAACCAUAGUAAAGAAAUAUUUCAACAAAAAUAUUAACUCAGCAAAUGGAAUUUCUCAAGCUGGAUCGUGUUUGGGAGCAAUUCUUGUUCCACCCCUUGCUGUAUUCCUUCUGGAAAAAUAUGGUUUACCUGGAACGUUUUUAAUUGUAUCAGCACUUAUGCUUCAUGCGGUGCCAAUCAGCAUGCUCAUCCAAAAAGCAGGUUUAGUACAAGAUAAAAUCAUUGAAACCAUGAAGAGGAAUAACGAGCUUGUCCAUCAAGAGAAGUUACGUGAAAAAAAUCAAAAAUCUCCCCUUGACUCGAAUAAUAGUACUUCGGAGAAAAUAUCUAUAAACAAUCAAACAUCUCUUUCUGACUCAGCUAACAAAAUAACAGAGAUGAGAGUAAACAAUCAGAAAUCUCUUCCUGAUUCAGCAGAGGAUAUUAAUACAUUAGAGCAGAUUCCUAUAAACAAUUAUAAACUUCUCCCUGAUUCAGAAGAUAAUAAUGUAUCAGAGCAGCUUUCUAUAAACAAUCAGACACUUCUUCCACAUUUUGUUACUAAGAUAUCAGAGCCGUCUAGAUUAGAACUUGAAAAGGGAAAGUUAGACGAUACCAUUACAGUUUUUAAAGGUACCAAAGCUGAUAAUAAAACUAAUGAUUGUGAUCUAAGUAAAGAACAACCCGAUGGUAUUAAAGAUAAUGAUAGUUUGGAUACUUCUAAACUCUCUCUACAGUCUCACGUGUACAAUCAAUCAGCUUCUGAAAAAAGUUGCUCAAGUAUCAGCAAUGUAGGCAAUGAGAAUCGUGAGACUAAUACAUUAAAUCAUGGCGCUGAAAUCUCAGAUAUAUUGGAAAUAAAUGAAGCUAUUCUACAGCCUCAAGAUUGCAGUGAUGAUUCUGAUAGCGACGAUGCUGUCAAAACAAGCCUCCUUCCAGAAAUGAAGACGGUUUCGUACAUACAUUCCGAUUUAGAAAAUGAUCCAAAACUACCUGAUAUGACACAAUAUAAACAAAUGAUUACAACUUGCGUGGUUGCACCGAUAGAGAAUAAUCCAGAAGUGUCAGCGAUUUCAAACAGGUCACACAAUCCAAAACCACACAAAAAAAGUAAAUUUGCAUUUCUUAAAGUGUUUCUGAACCUCCCCUUUUUAAUUAUAAUGUUUUGCACUGGUAUACAUAAUUAUGUGACAGUUCUAGUGACGACGACAAUGAUUGAUUACUCACGAGACAAAGGAAUACCACGAUAUAAUGAAGUCUAUUUUUUAAUGAUGCAUCCAUUUGUUGAAAUCAUUGGCCGUGUCAGCUUCGGUUGGGUGACAGACUUAGGGUAUUUAACAUUAUCUAAUUACUCAGUGAUAUGUUUUAGUCUUAUGGGUCUUACAUGUAGUUGUAUUUUGUGGUCUGCAGACUUUUGGGUGAUGAUGUUGGGAGCAUUGACUUUUGCUAUAUCGUGUGGUGCCUUGACUGCUAUAUUUCCAGGCAUGGUAUUUAGUUGUGUUCCCGAGGAGAUGCAGUCGAUGGCUAUAGCUUCAAGAUAUGCAUUAAGUGGACCUCUAAUCUUCACGUCUGCUCCAUUAAUAGGAUUUUUCAGAGAAACUCGUGGAUCAUAUGAUGGAAUUUACAUCUUGUUAAUAGCUUUGUGCAUGUUGUGCGCAGUUGCAAUGCCUUUGUUGCACAGAUUUUCCCAACGUGGCAAAAAAGUAGAGACAUGAGGAUGAUUUUGAAACUGGAGAACAUAUAAUAAAAAUAUUUGAACAUACUAUUUUUACCAGGUGAUAAUGAUCAGAGAUUUAUACGUGUACUCUAUAACUGUCAGACGGUAAAAUGUCAGACCAUUUUCUUGGAAAGCAGGUCUUUCCCCUAAUAAUAGCAUUUUAAUGGAAAUAUUUCAAACAU